AUGCCAAAGGGAGUAGAUGCGGUCAUGAGAAAUACUUACGUGGAUGACUUGGUGAUAAGUUUCCAUUCAGAGAAGGAAGCCGAAACCGUCGCCCAAGAGGCAAUCCUCAUAAACGCAGCCGGUGGGUUUAAGUUGAGGAAUUUCGUCUCCAAUAGUAAAGACCUGCAAAAACGUCUGAAUGGUAACGAUAACCCAAAUGCCGCUAUCAUAAGCAUGGAGAAGCAAGCAAACGUGGACAAAAUAUUGGGCAUGUACUGGAACUCAGAGAAAGAUCUCAAACCUAUCUUUCAUUUUAAGUUUUGCAGAAUUGCGCCAGAAAUACUUCAGUGUAUACGCCCACCUACAAAGCGAGAAUUACUCGCGAUCGUGAUGUCGAUCUACGAUCCAUUUGGGUUUCUCGCCUGCAUAACAAUUGCCGGAAAACUGUUGAUACAAGCCAUGUGGAAGCAGAAGAUCCAGUGGGACGAGCACUUGCCUAAUCACCUCAGCAACUCAUGGUCAACAUGGUGGUCCAAUUUUAAAACCAUCAAAACUCUUUCGAUACCACGAUGUUAUGGAAAGCUGUUGCCGAUCGCCCAGGAAGUACAACUCCACAUUUUCGUAGACGCAAGCUCCACAGCGUAUGCCGCCGUGGCCUAUCUGCGAAUGCGACAAGGAAAUAAAGUGCACGUUGCAUUCAUCUGCGCCAAAUCUCGCUGUGCUCCUGUAAAAGGAAUGACGAUUCCACGCCUAGAACUCCAGGCCGCUAUCCUGGGGUGUCGCCUCAAAACAUUCAUAGAGCAGAGCCAGAACUUCCGCAUCCACCGUCUUAUAUUCUGGAGCGAUUCCCAAACGGUGAUAAUGUGGAUACGUUCAAGCGAGCGUAAAUACAAACCUUUCGUUGAGCACCGAAUCGCCGAAAUUUUGACAACAACGACCAGUGACAUGUGGCGCUGGUUACCAUCACACGCCAAUGUAGCAGACGAUGCAACACGGGCAACGCUUACAAAAUGCUCUUCACAUCGAUGGUUCGUGGGGCCUGAGUUUCUGCAGCUUGGUGAAAGGGAAUGGCCAGACGAACCAGCCCAACUUUAUUCACCAGAUUACGGAUCGGAAGAAACGCCAGUUCGAAUUUUGCUGUCAACUGUAACAGGUGAUUUAUUCAAAUUCACUAAUUAUUCCUCAUUUUUAAAGAUCACCAGAAUCGUGGCUUGGACAUUGCGCUUUAUCAGUAACGUUCGCAGUCACAGUCGCCAAGUAGGGGAGCUAACACCUGCCGAAGUAAGAGGAGCUGAAAAGUAUAUUUGCCGCCGCAUCCAGCACGAAUGUUUUCCGUCCGAAGCGUCAGUAUUGAGGGCGAACCAACCACUGCCGAAGAGUAGCUGCCUCCACAAACUUACACCAUUUAUUGAUGAGGACGACCUCAUAAGAGUCAGCGGACGAAUUGAUGCUGCCUACUGUCUACCGUUGUCAGCCAGACGCCCCAUUAUACUACCACAAAAGCACUACGUAACACGCCUUAUCAUGCAACAGUUCCACGCAAGAAGACACCAUCAAAACGAUCACCUAGUCAUCAAUGAAAUGCGCCAGAAGUAUUGGGUGCCAUCCGCGCGAAAAUUAUUACAAUCAAUCAAACGAGCUUGUCCAAUAUGCAUCCGCUGGACUGCUAAACCUGCUGUGCCGCUGAUGGGACAACUACCGACGGAUCGCUUGACUCCCUUUGUGCGUCCGUUUUCGUAUGCUGGCGUGGAUUACUGCGGACCAUUUUUGGUUACUAUUGGCCGUAGAACCGAGAAACGUUGGGUGGCCUUAUUUACCUGCAUGACGACAAGAGCUAUCCAUCUAGAGGUAGCAGAAGACCUCUCCACAGAUUCAUUCGUCAUCUGCCUACGGAACUUCAUCAACCGUCGCGGGGUCCCUGUGCGGAUAAGAAGCGACAACGGCACCAAUUUUGUGGGUGCACAGCGGGAGAUGAGGUCCGAAUACAAAUUGUUUGACUUUGAGCGCAUCGACCAAGAGAUGACUAAACAUAACAUUGAAUGGCGAUUCAAUUGUCCAGCCAAUCCCAAUGCCGGUGGUUGCUGGGAACGCUUAAUACAAUGCGUUAAGAAACUUUUGCAACGAGUGUUGAAGGAAGAAGCUCCUCGAGUAGAAACACUUCGAAGUGCCCUAAUAGAAGCAGAAAAUAUUGUGAACAGCCGACCCCUAACUGAAAUACCGGUCAGCCCACAUGACGAAGAACCACUCACUCCAAACCACUUUUUAUUUGGAUGUACGAACUCAACGCAAACACCCAGCUUGGAUGAGAGGCACAUCUGUCCACGAAAACAAUGGAAGAUUGCCCAAAAUCUCAAAGACCGGAUUUGGAAGCGAUGGAUGGUGGAGUACUUGCCACAGCUGCUGUGUCGUCCCAAAUGGACCGAGGAAACCGAUCCCCUCCAGCUGGACCAGCUCGUAAUA